UUAAUAUGAACAGGAAUCUCUGUGAUGGCGCAAUUUAAGGGACGACAAUGAAAGUGGCUGUGCAUUCAUUCAUUGCUUUUGUUAUCUUCUCCAUUUCCUCCUAUCCCAACUCUCCCUCAGGGAUUUUUCAGAGGUGGGUUUUUAAUUUAUAAUCGAUUUUGAGAUAUAUAGACUAUAGUGAUUCUGUUGUGGAGUGAAACUGUGAAGAUGCUUACAUGCAUAGCGCGUUCGAAACAACCCAGUGAUGAAUCUUUUGAUGGCACUCCUAAUAAACAAGCCAUCAAAACCAUAACUUCUCAGAUCAAGGAUAUGGCAUUGAAGGCUUCGGGUGCAUACCGCCACUGCACGCCGUCGUGCACGAGUCAGCCAACUCAGGCACAGCAACUGAGGAACCGAAGCAUAGGGGGCGAGUCGGACUCGGCCGCGUCAGAUAGAUUCCCGUGGUCCUACCGGCGGACGGGGAGUUCAAACUCGAGCUCAACUGCUGGGAGGAGGGAGCUGGAAGCAAGGCUGAAGGGAAUUUCGAGCGGCGAAGGUACGCCGGCGUCGGCAAGUGGCCGGCGAGUUGACCCGAUUGUGUUCGUUGAAGAGGACGAGCCAAAAGAGUGGGUGGCUCAGGUGGAGCCCGGUGUGUUAAUUACCUUUGUGUCCUUGCCACGUGGAGGAAAUGAUCUUAAGCGCAUUCGGUUCAGCCGAGAUAUAUUCAACAAAUGGCAAGCUCAAAGGUGGUGGGCUGAGAAUUGCGAGAAAGUGACAGAACUUUACAAUGUCCAAAGACUAAAUCGCCAAGCUUUCGCUCUCCCAACAACUCCAAGAUCCGAAGAUGAUAACAGUUCAAAGAUUGAAUCUGCUGAAGCCAGUCCAGUAACACCACCACUGGGCAGAGAAAGACUCCCACAUACUUUACACCGACCAACUGGAAUGGCGUUCUCAUCUUCAGAUUCACUCGAUCAGCAGUCAAUGCAUUCUCGCUAUAACUAUGAUUCUUUUGGCGUUGCCUCAACUCCAAAACUCUCGAGCAUUAGUGGUGCUAAAACAGAAACAUCCUCAAUGGAUGCCUCCAUGAGGACUAGUUCCUCUAAGGAUGUUGAUCGCUCUGGAGAGAUAUCGAUAAGCAAUGCCAGUGAUCUUGAAACUGAAUGGGUUGAACAGGACGAGCCCGGGGUCUAUAUUACCAUCAAGGCAUUGCCAGAUGGUAGAAGAGAACUCAGACGCGUCAGAUUCAGUCGAGAGAAAUUUGGGGAGAUGCAUGCUAGACUAUGGUGGGAAGAGAAUCGAGCCCGGAUACAUAAACAAUACUUGUGAUUGGGUCAAACACCAUAUCGGGACGUGCUACAAGUUGCUGAUGGGAGUGAUGAUGCCUAAUAGACACUGAUUAUGUAGUAGCCUGUAAGUAAGUGAUGCGUCUGAUACACGAGGAGUCUCGCGCUUUGCGAGUUCUCAAAACAACCUUGUGGAUUGUGGGGAUGUUUUCUUUUUCUUUUUCAAUUCAUUUUAUGAAAUUGUGGUAUAUUAAGAGCUUUUCAUAACAUAUAUGGAGUCAACUUGCACACAGUUUGAAGCUCAGUAAACACUGAAGUUGAAUAUGGAAAUACUAAAAUGUCCAUUUUUGUUUAUUCUUUCAA